CUUUCUUCUUCGCAGAAAAUUUCUAGCCGUCGUUCGAUCAGCAUCAAGUUCCCGGUCGGUCGCGAAAAACUUGAUAAAAUUAUCAUUUUUGCGGUUCAAUUCAGUCGAAUUUAUUUGUUACCAGUUUCAAACGGUUUCAGACGCGUUCGUGGCUUAAAAGUCGUCGAAAAGUAAACGGAUAAGCGAAUAUCGUCGUAAAAUCCUUCGGUCUAAAUAAAAGCGGCAGCCAAAAUGGUGGACAAAAUCGAAAUGAGCCUGGAUGAUAUCAUCAAAUCGCAAAAGCCCCAGCGCGGCGGAGGUCGUGGUGGCCUGAACAGAUCCGGCGGCGGUCCCCGCGGGAAUGCAAAUCGCAGCCGAAAUGGUGGCGGAGGAUUCCGACAGAAUCGUGGUGGCCCAAUGGGUGGCGGUGUUCUGAAGGGACGCAACCGGGGCGGAAUCCAGCGUUCGACGAAAUUUUCACGGGGUGACGUAAACAGCGCGUGGAAACAUGACAUGUACGAGGGAGCCCGUAAAAACCGGCUCUUAGCCGCUGCGGGACUCGGCGGCGGUGUUGGCGGCAGUGGACUGGGCAGCAGCAAGCUGAUGGUUUCGAACCUGGAUUUUGGCGUGUCCGAAUCGGACAUCAACGAGCUGUUUGCUGAUUUUGGACCACUGAAGAGCGCUUCCGUACACUAUGACCGAUCGGGGAGAUCACUCGGCACAGCAGAUGUUGUAUUCGAACGACGAGCGGAUGCCAUCAAGGCUAUGAAGCAGUACAACGGAGUCCCUCUGGAUGGACGGCCCAUGAGCAUACAGCUGGCCACAUCGGAAAUUCCUGCCCCACGAGUACCUCGCGUCCUGCCACGAUCUCCCCGACGACAGGGUGGUGGUGGUGAGGGUAGAAGUGGUGCCCCCAGAGGUGGCAACCAGGCUCGCCGCGGAGGAGGUGGCGGCGGACCACGUCGGCAACAACGUGAAACCAAAACUGCGGAAGAACUGGACGCAGAAUUGGACGCUUACACUAAGGACAUGAAGUAAGAGUAGGACUCGCCAACCAGUCAGUGGCGAAUUAGCUCUAAAGUAUGGUAGAACAGGAGAUUGCAGUGUGACCUCUUGAACUAAAAAGUUAAAAAAAAAAAACAAAAAUAGUGGUUUACUCAAUUCUGCUAUAAGGACCUCAUCCCUUCAAGUUGUGUUUCCGAAAGAAUACUACAAUGACGAGAAUAGUCAGUUAGCAGCUGCAGAAUCGGUCAGUGUAAAUAAACCACAAAGAGAAGCAAACAAUGAGGAGAAGUACUUUAAUUUAACGAAAUAAUGUAGUACACAGAGACACGAUCAUCAUUGAGCUUGCAGUAAUGCUCAUCUCAGGUGGACGGUGAAGAAGCAAAUAACCACACUCAUGAUGAUCUCCAUUCGUAAGCUAUGCAGUUCAUUGGUUAAAUUAUUCAACGAUUGUUUGAGAAAAACAAGUAGAAAAGUCCAAACCUGUUACAAUAUAUUUUGUAAUUUGGUCAAUUAGCGAAAUGUGUUCUCAUUCCUGAGAAUUAAAGAAAUUAAAAAGUCCAAAAAAAAAACAAAUGAAGAUCUUAGUUUAUUAAUGAAUUAUUAGUAAUCAUAUUCAUAAGAAUUUCAAAUGUAACUCUGUGACAAACUUAAUUGAAGGCAAUUAAAAAAGUAUCAGUAACAACCGGUAAUCACCGAGUGCAAACAAUCGCAACUGUAAGAUCACACCGCUAGACACAGCUUAAUUUUACCACAUGAACUUUUCUUUCUUUAUUUUUGAGCAGAUAAUUCAGGACACAUUCGAUAAAAUCAUUAAAAAUUUCAAAUUUUGUUAAAACGUGGAAUAAAUAAUAAAUCUGUAAUGCUAGCAGAAUGUUUUAGUUGGUAGUAAUUAGUUUAAGGAACUCUAAAAAGAAAAUAUAACACACUUCAUCUUAAA